GGCCUGUAGCGAGAAGUAAAUGACACGUUUAAGUGACAAAUCAACGUGUUUUCUCCUUUUUUUAUAGCAUCACAAGAAUACAGCUCAAAUAGAGCAGGCCGCUAUGAAGAACCAUCGAACCGAGGUGAAUUUUCGGAUUUUGGCUCAAAGAAUUGGGAGAAUGAUGAAAAUGACAUGUCAAAUAAUAUUAACAAUAACGAAAGCAGUGGCGAUAUCAGUGUUGGCAGAACACUUGUAUUUGUUCGUGGUGGCCGUCGGGGCGGUGAUAACAACUUUAAUUCACGACUAUGUUUUAACUGUAAUGAAGCAGGACAUCAAGCACGAGACUGUACUGCAUUUACAAAAGGAAGAGAAAGAGGUGGUACACAAGAAUACAAUCGUGGAUUUUCCGGUGACAGUGGACAAAUAGAAAAUACAUUCAAUGACCAUUCCGAAAGCCAAAGUCUUAAACCUCGUGUUCAACGUUAUGUACCGUCACCACCUCCAACUGCUCGAGAAGAUAUAUUUGGAACUGCAACACAAAAAGGGGAAAAUUUCCAAAAAUAUCAUACGGCCAACGUGAAAUGUAGUCCAGAAGGAGUAAUAGUACCCAUUGAAUUGUAUGAGGAAGCGCGGCUUAAUACGGAAGUAUUAUCAAAUAUCCGAAAUGUUCAUUAUGAUGAACCAACAGCCAUACAGCGAUAUGCAUUGCCAGCUAUUUGUCAAGGAAAAGAUAUAAUGGCUUGCGCGCAAACAGGCUCGGGAAAAACGGCAGCAUUUCUUCUACCAAUCAUUUCCAAUCUAUUAGAAUAUCAUAAAAACGAAUUAUCUGAAUUACAUGACCCACCAUCGCCGUUAUGCUUAAUAUUAUCGCCAACAAGAGAAUUGGCAGUACAAACGGACAGGGAAGCACGAAAAUUUUCAUUUAAUACAGGACUGAAAUCAUGUCUGGCUAUUGGUGGCUUCGAUAUUUCUGCAUCUUGCGAUAGUUAUGCAACAGGCUGCCAUAUUUUAUCAGCAACAGCAGGUCGUCUGAUAGAUAUAAUCAAAAACGGAUAUGUCUCACUCAGAAAUGUAAAAUAUUUUGUUCUCGAUGAAGCUGAUCGUAUGUUAGAUACUAGUUUCGGACCGGACAUGCGAGAACUUGCACAAUCAGGAUUACCAACAAAAGAUAAUCGCCAAACUUCUAUGUGGAGUGCCACAUUUCCGCGUGAAAUUCAAAAUUUGGCCAAAGGGUUUUUAAAAGAUGAUUAUAUCUUUUUGGCUGUUGGUCAUGCCAGUGGAGCAAAUGAAGAUAUUAUUCAAACAAUUGAACUUGUACAAGAAGCAGACAAAAAAGAUCGUUUAAUCGAAUUACUAGAAGAAAAAUUUAAAAAAGAAAGAUGUUUGAUAUUUGUUGAAACAAAACGACAAGCCGACUAUAUCGGGUUACUGUUAUCGGGAAAAGGCCUUAUAAGCACAACAAUGCACGGUGAUCGAUCACAAAGCCAACGUAUGCAAGCUGUUCGUCAGUUUACAACUGGCCAAUGCCCAAUACUCGUGGCAACGAGCGUAGCAGCUCGUGGAUUAGAUUUUCCGUUAAUUGGUUAUGUAGUCAAUUAUGAUUUGCCAAGCUCAGGUGAUUUUUAUGUACAUCGUAUUGGUCGUACAGGUCGUGCUGGUCAUGUUGGUAAAUCAAUAUCGUUCUUUGAUCCUACUAGGUCAUCAGAUAGACAAAUUGCACCCGAUCUAAUAGAACGUUUACGAGAAGUUGGUCAAGAAGUUCCAGAAUUUCUUCAGAGACAAGUGGCGGGUGCUACCGAAUUCCAUCGUGAAAGAAGAAAUUUUGAUAAUCAUUCAACAGAUACUCGAUUUCCUAGAAAUUCAAAUGACGCAAGUAGAUCAACAACAUAUGCAGCUGGUGAAGCUGAUUGGAAAUAA